AUGGCAGAGGCCGCCUCCGCCGUCGUUGGGUGCACCUCCCGCUGUGACGGAGGCGUCCUUGGGAACUCCAGCGACUGCUCUGGUGUCGGCUGCUGCAGGACCUCGAUCCCGUCGGGGCUCCGGGAGUUCGAUGUCAAGUUCAAACGGAUCAGCGAUGACAAUGUUGUCGCCGUUGGAGAGGAGUGCAGGUUCGCGUUCCUGGCGGAUAAGCAAUGGUUAGGGUUUAACGAAUGGAAGGAUCUGAGGGUGCUGAGAGAGAUGGAGCACCUGCCUGGAGUGCUGGAGUGGGGGCUUCCGAAAGAGAUGGCGAGUGAGAUCGGAUUGAGUGGAAGCGAUUCGUAUGGUUGCGAGUAUUAUGGCAAACUGGAGAAUGAACGGUUGCCGAAAUUAUACAGGUGUUAUUGCAGGUCUGGUUACGUCGGGAAUGCGUACCUUGCAGAUUGUCAAGGCAAAGCAUCUUUGAUUGUUGAUACAUCACACAUCAUUGAAUCUACAUAUGUCGACGAAUGUGAAGAUCCAGCACUGAACAAUUGCCCUUGGAUAUGUGAGAAUCGGCCAGGGUCCUAUGAAUGUGUGGAUCACGACUGGAUGAUGGAUGUUCUGUGUAGUCCUUUAAUAGGUGCAUUGUAUUUUGUCAUAGUGAUGAAGAGGAGGAAGAGGCAAAAGCAAAAGGAAAGAUUCUUCAAGCGAAAUGGUGGUAUUUUACUGAAACAGCAACUUUCUUCCAGUGAAGGCAGCAAUCGUGUCGGAAAAGGAAAACUGUUCAACUCUAAGGAAUUAGAGAAGGCUACCAACAAUUUUAGUAAGAAGAGGAUACUUGGACAAGGUGGUCAAGGAACUGUCUACAGCGACAUUAACUUUUCGAGUAACAACACCGGUUGGGAUGGUGUUUGGACAUCCAUGAGGUCAGAUCUAGAUGUGGAUCUAAUAUCAUUUCCGGACGUUCAUCCACUUCCAGAUAUUGAAUCUUGUUGA